AUGUACAAAUAUUCUAAGUAUAUUGAACACAAAAAAUACCAUGAAAGAAGAGAUCAAACUAAGUUUGAUACCAUUCCUAAUAUAAAAUUGUGCAAAUUAAACGGUGUUUGGAAAAGUAAAACCAAUGAAUUUAAAUGUAACAUUUGUUUCCAAAAAUGCUACAAUGAAAAGAAUUUGGCCGAACAUAUGGAAACUCAUGACAAUUGUCAAACACAGUGUAGUGAUUGCUUAGAUUAUGUUUCAGUUUCUGAAUUGAAUAAUCAUAUGGAAAAUAUACAUAAUAAACAUUUAUUUAAAUGUCAGAAGUGUAACCUACAAUUUCAAAAACAACAACAAUUAAAUUGUCAUUUACUUCAUUGCUUAAGAAGUUCAAAAGUUUGUAGUGAAAUCAAUGCUAUUGAAAAAACGUGUUCUGCUUGUGGAAUGGUUUUUAAUAGUUCUUUAUCAUUGAUAAAUCAUACAAAUAUUGGUUGUAAACAUUACACUUGUAAAUAUUGUGGACAAUUUUUUAGUACAAGGAAUUUUUGGCUAAAACAUACGGAUGUUCACAAAAAAGUUGAACAAUGUGCAAUGUUGAAAGUAAGUACUGAUAAAACAUCUACAGUAAGAGAAUAUAAUCAAACUGAGGUUGUUAAUGAUCCUUCUUUUAAUACAAAUGGAAGCCAAUUCUUAUCCAGAGAUAUUACAGGAAGAUAUAGCUCAGAUCAUACCAGAUUAGUGAACAGCAGUUCAACAAUUGUUUCGACUACUCCACAUGAAUCAAUGCCGAACAAUUACAUUAUUCCAAAUCCUGAGAAAACUGAUAUCUUAGAAAAAAAUAGUUCAGAUCAAACAUGUUUAGUUAACAGCUCAACAAUUGUAUCGACUGCUCCACACACCUAUAUCCCGAAUAAUAACAUUGUUUCAAAUUCAGGGCAAAGUGAAAUCUUAUUGAAUACCUUGGAAAGAAAUAGUUCAGAUCAAAUAGGUUUAGUAAGCAGCAAUUCUAAAACUGUAUCAGCUACUCCUAUGGCUCCACGGCCCUCAAUGCAGCCAUUCCGUGAGAAUCUUCCAUCCUUAUCGAAUACCUUGGAAAGAAAGAGUUCAACCCAAAUAGAACACCAUCUAGAAAGGAGAAAUUUAUUUCCAGAGACGGUGGUUCCAGAAGACAUAUUUCGCAACAGAAUUAUGAUUAUAAAACAGGAAAAAUUCUAUCAUAAUACUGUCAGAGACCAUUUUCAACGUCAAAUAAUAAUCCAGCAAUCAAAUGAAUUGGGACAGCAAUCAAGUGUAUCGAUUUCCCCACAUAAUUCAUUAGGAAACAACAAUAGCCCUGUUCUAAGUAUUAAGCAGGAAAAAAAUAGUUUAGAACAAAAUUUAGCAAACAGCAAUGAAUCAAUUGUAUCAACUGCUUCACAAAACUCAAUGGCAAACAAUUUCAAUUUACUAAACAUAAAGCAAGAAAAAAACUUGGAUACAAAUGACAGAGAAAGUAACAGUUCAGAUCAAGCGGAUUCAGUGAAUAGCAAUGAAUCAACUUUAGCAAAUGAACCUCGUAAUUUAAUGGCAGAACAAAACCCUAUUAAUAUAGCCAAGAAUAAUAUUGUACCUACAGUUAGAGAAACACCUUAUUUCUGUAUUAGAAAAUUGCCUAAUAUUAAAAAUGUACUUGGCUAUAAUGAUCAGACACCACAAAACAAUGUUAUAUUUAUAUGUAGAAUUUGUAAAAAUACACCAUCUACAGAUAUACAUUCAUUUGCAUUACACAUGAGUGAUCACAGUGAGUGUAAUAUGCAUGAAUGUAUUGUGUGUGAUAAAACAUUUAACUCUGUAAUUAUUUGGAAAGACCACAUGACUUAUCAUCAACAGCAAAUAGAUUUAAAUAUGUCAUCAAUUCAGCUUAACCCUACAGAAACUGAAUCUAAUGCAUUAUACCCUAUUAAAUCUAGAACAUUUAAACCUCAAGUUUUUAAAAACCUAAGAAAUAGAAAAUCUGAGGGAUCUUUAUCGGAUGAUUCAUAUUCAGCUACAGCAAAGUUAAAUAGUGGCAACAAAAUUAAAUACCAAAAUGACUGUAGUACAUUUAAAAAAGUACUUCCUUCCACAAGCGCAUUAAAAGUUCAUCAAACUCUUCAUAAUAAAUCACAACCAUUUUCCUGUAGGUAUUGUGAUAAAACAUUUUCUGGAAAGGGUCCAUGUACAAAUCAUGAAAAAUCUCAUAUCAACUCGCACAAUUUUUUAUUACAAAAUAAUGAGAAUAUUCAACUUGAACCAAUUGUAAUCCAAAAUAGCAUAAGUAUAGAAGACAACAACUCUGAUUCUGAGACAAUCUCAAUAAAACAAAAUAAAAAUAACAAAUCAUCAUUAAUUAAAAAAACGAAUUUCUGUAGUUUCUGUAAUAGAAAAUUUACAAAGCGCUGUUAUUUUACAAACCAUAUGAUGAUGAAGCAUAAGAUAAAUCCAAACACACCAAAACAACUUACAUCGAUUGAUUGUAACGAAUCAAUCAUUCCGUCUGAAAACAUAGAGUUGACUAAUGAAUACGAAAACAAAUUAUCAGUUCCAGUAAAUAACAAAAAUAACAAUCUGAACAACCAUGUUAAUAAAAGCAAUGAAAAGAAAUCAACAUUUUGCAUGUUUUGCAACACACAUUUUGCACAUCUCGGUGCUUUCACCAAUCACAUGCGUAUUCAUGGUUGUAAAACAUACGAAUGUCAAUACUGCCACAUGCAAUUUAGUAGGAAAGGCCUUUAUAUUAUGCAUGAGAAAACACAUGUCAUAAAUAAUGUAGUUAAAAGUGCUCCCAUUCAAAACAAAAAUAAUAUAGUUGUAGAAGUUAAUGAUGAACCGCAAAUGGAGCGUUUUAAUGAUUCUGAGGUUCAUAGUCCAAUUGAUGGUAAUUCAAGCGGUACAAAUUUGAUGGACAUAGAACAUUUAUGGUUUCCCUGUGAUGUGUGUGAGAAAAAAUUCUCUACUCCGUUUCAAUUGAAUGAUCACCGAAAGUCACAUUCUGAAAUUGUACCAUAUGUAUGUAAGAUUUGUAAUAAAACUUAUCAGUUGAAAUUUCGAUGGAAUUGGCAUUUAAAAGGCCACUACAAAAAACACAAUGCAAAUUUAAAAAGUAAGCAGCAUACUAAUAAUCUAAAAUCGAACAUUACUAAACUAAAGAUUGAAUCUAUAAGUCAUAAAGAUAAAAUGAAAUGUCAAUAUUGCAAAAAAGAAUAUAACUCAAUAUCUCAGUGGAAAAAACAUAUGACAAUGAGCAGGGAAUGUCGUCGUCAUUGUAAAAGUAACCUUCCAGAGUUUACAUCAAAUAAAGCUACGAAGAAUUCUACCAAAUCUGGUCGAUUCAGAUGUAAUAUAUGUAUGAAAACAUAUAGUACCUCUUACAAUCGGACAGUACAUAAAAAAAAUGUUCAUAAAGUGUCAGAUUCAGCUUAUUUGAAUACCUAUGAUAAUAUCGAUUUACAAAAAGACGAAUUAAUAGACACAAUUCCACAAAAAGACGAAUUAAUAGACACAAUUCCACGAAAAGACGAUUUAAUAGACACAAUUCCACAAAAAACAGCGAUUAGGAAACGAAAUAGACGUUGUCACAUAAAUGGCACUAAAUGUGAGUUAUGUGGUAAAACAUACAGCAAUGGAGCUAAUUUAAAUCGCCACAUAUCCAUAAUUCACACUAAACGUUUUGAACCUAUGACUUGUAAUGUUUGUGGAAGUACAUUUAAGCAUAAAUAUUCUUACAGAGAACAUUUAAAAACUAAACACAAACAAUUAUUUAAACAUUAUGAAGAAACAAACUCUACAUAUAAAAAAAAAAGACAGCAAAUCAUAUCAGUAAAUAAAACAAAUACUAUGAAAUACUUUUGCACAUUAUGUAAAAUGAAGUUUGCUGACAAUAUUUCAUUACAAGAACAUUCAAAGAUCCACACUUUAAAUAUGUAUAAGUGUAACGACUGUGGUCAGCAGUUUGAAACAAAUCUUACUCUAGGUACUCAUAUUUUGGAAAUCCACAGUGCCAGUAUUUCUACAUCUAAUAAAAAUGAACAUGUUGAGAAUUAUGAGACACAAAAUACUUCUCUAGAAAUAAUGAAUUAUAAUUUUACUCAGUGUGAAGUUUGUUUAAAAAUCUUAAAAACCCCAAAAUAUUUAAGAUUACACAUGAGAUUACACACUGGUGUCAAACCAUUCAAAUGUGAUAAGUGUAACAAGACUUUCAGAUUUAAAACAAACUUAAAAGUGCAUCAGAAGAAAGAUUUGGCAUGUUAUACCCCAUAA